AUGAUGCUAUCGCAAACUUCUCCAUCACCAACACCGCCACCACCACCUCUCCACCAGCCUAAUUCUGACGCCUCCGUGUGUGGGGCGAUAGUAUCCCAUUCGUCGAGAGUUGAUUACGACUUUCGCCUAAAUAUUCGCUCCCUCUUCUUCCCUUCUCUCCCUUCCACCUUCGAAGAGAUGAUGCUAUCAGCAACCGCGGCAGGAGCAGCAGUUGUUGUAGUGACCAUCAUCGGUUUUCCCAUCGAUGACAUCAGAAAUGAAAAGGAGAAUGACCUCCAAUUGGUUAAAGGCUAA